CGAAACCCGGACAAGCACCGGUGCCGCUUCUGUCCUUACUCAUGUCCUUCUGCAGCGAAUAUCGCCAUCCACGAGAGGACUCACACUGGAGAGAGGCCCUUCAGUUGCGAUGUUUGCGAGAAAACGUUCACGCAUAAGGCUGCCUUGAAGGCUCACGUUCGAACUCACACCGGAGAGAAGCCGUUCAAGUGCAACACGUGCAGCAGGGCCUUUGCUCAGAAAACCCAUUUGACGAUGCAUGUGAGGACUCACACGGGAGAGAAGCCGUUCAAGUGCAACACGUGUAGCAGGGCGUUUACUCACAAACGCAACUUGGCGGUUCAUGAGAAGAUUCACACCGGAGAGAAGCCGUUCAAGUGCAACACGUGUAGCAGGGCGUUUACUCAGAAAUGCGAUUUGACGAAGCAUGUGAGGACUCACACCGGAGAGAAGCCGUACAGGUGCAACACGUGCAGCAAGGCGUUCACUCUGAAAACCCAUUUGGCGGAUCACGAAAGAAUUCACACUGGAGAGAAGCCGUUCAAGUGCAACACGUGUAGCAGGGCGUUUAGACAUAAAUGCAGCAUGGCGGUUCAUGAGACGACUCACACAGGAGAGAAGCCGUUCAAGUGCUAGACCUGCAGUAGAGCGUUUGCGGCUUAUAGCAAUGUACACACUCAUCGGAAGAUACAUCGCAAGUGAUCGAAACAGCA